AUGGCAAAGAUAUUCAUCAACACUCUCCACUUAUCAGCUCUCAUGAUGUUCCUCUUGUUUGUUUCUAGUGGAUUACCAAAGGUGAAUGGCCAAUGUCAGAAUGAAGUGGGUGAACUAGAAGGGAUUAGAUGCCCUGGAUUACUCAGUGAACCACGUUGUGAUGCUAGUUGCAAGGCACGCUUCGGUUCAGAUCAUAUUGGCGAGUGUAAACCGGAAGAUAAUGGAGUUCACUGCCACUGCUACAAACCUUGUUAA